AUGACCCGGGCUCUUCUCUCCUUUCUUCUUCUGUUCACCCUCGAUAGCCAUGUUGCCCAAGCCUCCCCCCGGUCAAUGAACCUCAGAUAUGCCCCUGUAUCGCCCCCGAAGCCCACGAAUGCUCCGUCAAGAAAUAGCACCGACGCCUUGAGCGAAGACCUUAGACGACGCCAAGUCACAUCACGAGCAUCAUCGCUUUGCGGCUAUUACGAUGGCGACCCAACCAAGUCACGGACAGCCGAUCCGGGGUAUGGCUGCCGCGAAGACAUCGAUCAUGGCCUGUGGGGGUUCUGCCCCACGACCGUGCUUGCUGCGACCGACUGUGGGCUGGCCGGGAAUUGUGUUGAUUCCCACAGCUGUAGAUUUGGUUGCGGGAAGACGGGUAUCAAAGGCCUCACCACUUUUACUUGUGCCGAGGAGCAGUUCUGCUCUACUGUGAUUCUUGCCGGAAGCUUUGAAGGGGGCUUUUCGUACAUUGCCUGCGGCGGAAAGGCUACCGUGGAAACGCUGUUCAAGGAGCCUACAGUCGCGGCCGUUCCCAGCAUCACAGUCACCCCUGAGCCGUCUAGUUCAUCCAGGGCGUUGCCCUCUGAACCCACGUCAGAAGCCGUAGCCUCGACAUCCUCACCCGCUCCCUCGAUCAUUCCGAAUCCCGUAUCAGAACCGUCUUCAACACCGACACGGUCACUGACACAGUCCGCUCCACCAGCAGCCGGGGCGACCUCGCCCGCGAGCGAAGCAGUCGGAAACGAGCCGUCAGACGAUGCACCAAGCAACACGGGUGCCAUAGUCGGCGGCGUCGUCGGCGGCGUGGCCAUGAUCUGCAUCACGGUCGUGGCGGCCGUCUACCUCCUCCGACGCAACAAGAACAGCAAGGAACACCGGAAGACGCGAACAGGUCGCCACCUUCCGUGGGGCCGGUCGUCUUCGGAGCCUCCCGCCUAUGGCCUGAGCGAGGCGGAUCAGGCGGACCAGGCGGACACGCAGGUGCAGUCCAAGAUCUAUGCCGGAUGGGGGCCGUCCGAGAUGCACGGUUCGGAGCCGUGGAGGAACCCGACUGCGCCUGCUGAGUUACCAGGACCGCCUCCGGCGGAACUUCCGGGUCGGGGUUACAGAUGA